UCUUUAAGUUUCUUCCUUUUGGGUCUCCUGGAUCAAUCGUCUAGGGUUUUUCGGUUAAACCCCUCGAAAAACCUAAGUCUGCAUAAAAAUGGGAGGCAAAUGUCCGAGCCGGAAAGUGAAGAAGAGAAGAUACUCUCACAAGACGGCUCGCCGCUCCAAGUUCCUCGUUAAAGGUGACGAUGCGGUGUAUGAGGAGCUGCAAAAGCCUGAUGUGGAGAAGAAGUCCUUGCCUCUAGACGAGGACUUGCCUGGCAUGGGCCAAUAUUAUUGCUUGCACUGCGACCGAUACUUUGCUAAUGUGACUGUGAGGGACGAGCAUUUCAAGACCAAACGCCACAGAAAGCGUUUGAAGCAAAUGAUGGGACCUGCACCGCACACUCAACUUGAUGCUGACUUAGCUGGUGGGAUGGGUAUGCCAGAUAAUGGUCCUAAGCUUAUGUCGAUGUGAGCUUUCUGUUUUUCUCUUUUCAUAUAUAUGUUUACAGACAAGUGUGUCAAGAAUGCGUUGGGAGAGGAUAUCUGGAGUUGUAAAAGUGGUAUCUAUAGUGGUAGAUUCUUGUAUUUCUGAAAAAGUAAUAGUAAUUAAUUUUCUUGGUAUACUGUAUCUGUAUGCUAUGUUAUGCGUUCUUUCUCAUGUUCCAUCAUUUGCUUCUGCAGAUAUUGAUUUUUGUAAAAGUUUUACUUCUUUGUUUCUCAUGUAUUAUGGAUUAUGUUUUGGAUGCA